AAAAUUGUUUUCUUGUAUAGGGUAUGUCUGUCAAUGAAGAUGUAAAUAAAAAAUGGUUAAAACUUGUUCAAACCUGGACCGAAAAGUUAAAAUCUAAUCCAGAUGCUCUCUUUUUUGAAGAAAAUGACAAGUCUGUUUUUAGUGAAUAUCAAACUUAUGUGGAUGAGUUACGCCAUUAUGUAAACCUCCUUGAUGCAUGGAUAGCUGCAAACGGUAUUAAGAAAGCUUCACAAGAAAUACCAACCGUAGGAAAGUUGUUUUCACAGCUUUGUAAAAUACCCCUGGUUCAUGUUAAUGAACAGUUAUCAACCAAAUUAAUUAGCUGUAUGCUCAGUUUAUCUGAUCUUACAAAUCCUGAUGUAGAAGAGAGUGAGAAAAACACCUUUCAACGGGCCAAAAAAUGGACUGUGGAUCAUUUUUUGAAUGCAACAAACAUGUAUGUGGGUGGUGUGGAUACAUUUUUAAUGGAAGAAUUUGGUAUUUCACAAGAAGAAUAUUUGAUUGAACAUGUCAAGCAGGUUGUAGUUGAAAUUACAAAAUGGUUGGAACAGCCACACUUGAAUGAUGUUUUACUUAAAUACAAUCAACUGAUGUUUGACGUGUUCAAAUUGAUACAAGAAGAUUCUCUGUUACCUGUGCUUGAGGAAGGCCUGAGUUUCUCUUACAGAAAUCAAUUGGAUUGCAGUAUUUCUUCACAAUAUUUUGCAUGGUUGCUUUCAAGCAAGCAUAUAAAGAAACUUUCUUUUCACUCUUUACAUGCUUUAUUUAGUCUCGAUUAUCAAAUUUUUGAAAGCUACAUAAUAGAUAACACAAAGGAGGUUAUUGACAGCUAUCCUUAUACAAAUAGAAGAUACAUAAAGAAUAUGCUGACCAAGUCAAGAAUAAUUGAUUUAUGUUGCGCAGAUGCAAAAUACUUUCAUGGAUUGACGCAAAUCUUAAAAGAGACUUUUCAUGUUGUUGGUCAACAUCCAUCACUUAUCUGCUUUGUCCAAAAAGCUGUGCAGAUUUGUAGUAAACAAGUGCGAUGUGCUGAUGAUGUAGCUUUGUUUAACAACAUGGGAAAAGGUUUGUCUAGUGAGAAGAACGAACAAAAGCUUUUACGUUUGCACUCAACUCUGGAAGAUGAGUUAAAUCGCGAAGCAGAUGUUUCAAAGGAAAUACAGAAGUUCAAUAUAUGGUUUAAUAUUAUUCAACAGACAGAUUGUAUCAAUCAAGCUCUGUUAUUUCUCUUUGAUGGGAAAAGAGAGAACAUCAAAAAGUAUUUGCACAUCGUUAUGUUAUAUUUCUAUCCAAGCAUUCCACAUGAUACUUUUGAGCAAACAUUAACAUCUUAUGUUUUUGCAUUGCGAAACUUACAGCAGAAGAAACAUCUCCAACUUUGUGAUUUAAAAUAUCUUUUAUCAUCUGUUGUCCAAAAAUUACAAGUUAACAUUUCUACACUUCUAUACAUUAUUAAUGUACUCUUCUUUGCAAAAUCAGGUGGUGGAGGGUCUAUUAUGAAGGAAUUCCUUGAUACGAUGUUUCAUCAUAUGCACAAAGAUGAUAUCAUGUACUGGUUUUUAUACACACUAGAUUUUAUCAGAAAAGCAUUGUGGGAUAUUACAGAAACUAAUGCUUGCAUAUUGUUAAAACUGUUACGCCAUUUUGAACCUAAAAUAGAUAUAAUCUCUGAAGAUCAAAGUAGCAAAGAUUUCCAUGUACAAAGGUGUAAAGAAUUGUUAGAUCAUCUUACUAAAAUGUAAAUAAUUUUGUACAUAAUUAUUAGUGCAUGGAAUAUUAUUUCUCUUGGUUGUUGUGCA